AUGGCGAGACUUUUCGUACUGCAGCCUUCCCCGUCGAAGUGGAAACCCCCUAUUCCAGUGUAUUGGUGCCCUUCUUUUGGCUCUGACAAGCUUAAUGUUGACAGUGCUUGCAAAGGUAAUCCUAGAUUAAGUGGUGGAGGUGGAGUUGUUAGAAAUAAAGAGGGGGUUGUUUUGGUGGCUUUCUCUAAUUUUUAUGGGGAAGGUACUAAUUCUAUUGCUGAAUUAAGAGCAUUGCAGAAUGGGUUGAGUUUAAGUGUUGAUCUUGGUUUGUCGGAUUUGGUGGUAAAUUCGGAUUUGGUAAUGACAGUUAGAAUGGUCAAUCAAGUUAAGUGUAAUCUUUGGAAGGGAUAG